GCCAAAGCCAACCGAUCGCGCUUGUUGCCCGGCUAACGACGCGGGAAGUCCCAGAAUCUCACAACUCAGCAGCCCCAAGACAACAAGCAGAAGACGACGUAUGCCUCGAUAAGUGUAUGCUGCGGAUAACUGCUCUAAUUGAUUCUUCUAUGUGAAUUUGUUAGCGCAAGUGCAAUGGAAUAGUUCGCAUGUAGUCGGAGUGCAAGCUUACGCUUGAUGUAUGCUAAUUUUACUAGCUAAAAGGAUCAACAGCACCCUGUUAACCCUACUGUUUUUUCAAAAACCACGGGAAAACACCGGAAGAUGUGAAGGCAAUUUCAAAAUAAAAACAUGUCCAUGCUGUUACGCUUUUGUUUGGACUUUUCAGACUACUAAAUGUUUCUCCUUUCAUAUCGACCACAGUGUGUUGAAAGGUUACUACGAAAGUUAUACAAAGCCCUAGUGAUAGAUUUAGCUUGGUAGUUGGAACCAAUAUUAUUUUUCCGUCUUUAGUUUCAUACAGCGCAUCGAGAUUGUUCUAGUAAGCAGUCUUGCUUCUGAAGACUUUACUUUUUACAUCGAAGUUACAUCUACCGUGGUUUUACAGUGUACACAAAAUCACUCUGACAAGUAAAGUAAGUUUGCUAUUGAACUAGCUUAGGCUCUCGAAAAUAUUUAGUUGUAUUCAUCAAGAUUCCCUUUCAGAUUGACAUUAAGUUGGAUGCAAUCAACACGAGAUACUUCGCCAGGUAAAUAUGACUGUAUGUUGUCCUACCAUCUAAACAGAACAAGUCAGGUAAUUAUAAGGAGUUUACUUAUGUUUGGUGGUUGAGCAGAAACAGGAUCAGUUUUAUCCAGCAGUAGUCAAAGAGAACAAUACUAGCCACAAAGGGAGAUGAAUUGUUGCAUAUUCUAUACAUUAACUGUGUUGUCUUUGUUGUCAACAUUGUAGUUGGCCGAUGGAGAUAAGAUGCCACUAUGUCUCACAAACUGACCAAUGAGGAGCUUGAUGAACAGUUUGAGCUGUUCCUAAAGGAGCCUGUUUCAGACGACUCCAUAGAUUUUGGUGGAUCCCUGAAGCAGUCUACUAAAAGCAGUCAAAAAUCAGCUCAGAAACCAGCUGUGCCAUGGUGGCAAGAUGACGAACACGGUGGUGGAGGAAAAAGGACAGGUGAGACAAAAAGCAGAUUUGUCAAGGGAAAAAAGUCCCAGCCUGAAAAAGAAGGUUUGCCAGAACUUCAAGGGUCUUUUAUAAAUUCUUUGAAGAAACAUCAGCCUGUUGAAAAGAAGGAAGAGGAUUCACAAAACACGUAUUUCAAGAAAAAAGAGCUGAAUGCAGUUGUUUUCAACAGAGAUACUCCAAAGGCAGCUGACUCCAUGAUGGUGACAGGUAUGAAUAUGACUAUGGGCUUGGACACUUUAGAGGAAGAAAAAGAAAAAGCCAAGUUCUUUGCACAACUUGAAGCUGGCAUUUCAUCAGCUAUAGAUUAUUCCAAGCUCAACAAAGAGCUGGACACCACUGCUUCUACUAUCGACAAUAAACUCAGGACAGGUGACAAAUCAGUGGAGCAAAUUGAUGAGGAUCAAAGCAACAUCAGAGAUACUGAGCGCAUCACCUUCCCAGGCUCGCCACAUUAUGGCGAGGAUUUUGAGAAAGAGGAGGACAAGAAAAAGCCACAAGAGAAGAGGUCUAAGCUGUCUCCAAUUCUUGCCAAAGUUUCUCUGUAUGACUCUUUGGAUGACUGCUUAAAGAAGAACACAGUAGAAUCAUUGGACAGAGACCAGACCAUCUUUGCAACGUAGAUCUACCAAUGAGUCAGGUCAGAAAGUGCACUAGUGAGA